CGGUAUCGCGAAAGAAAAGAAGGUAGUAUCGCGCCUCUACUUCGCCGGAAUGGACGAGAAAAAGCUGAAUCUUGAAACAUGGUUGGAGUGUUGGCCGGAGUUUCCAGAAAUGAACGAAGACAACGUCAAGGAAUACUUGAAGAUCGUGGACAAGCUGAAGAUAUUCGUGAAAGUUGCAGACGAAAAAGGUUCGUCACCCAAAACAGCUCUUGCGGCCAGGGCAAUCAUGGAAGCAAUGUAUGGGCUCACCAGUGAGUGCAAAAGUCGGGAAUUUGCAGCAACAAUGGAACAUACUCUGUCUGACCUACGGACCAUUGCAGAACAGCUAUCGCAGCAAGAUCCGGAAACGAGCUGGAAAAGCCUUGAAGGGGUGUUGAACAGCAUCAGGAGUUUCUUUGGCCAAGAAAUUCAGGACAUCCGUAAGGAUUGUCACCACGACCCCAGGCAGGGGAUAGAGUGCGUGACAAAGCAACUGCAAGACAUGCACAAGGACUACAUCACCAAUCAGAUCAAGUGGCAGUGUGGCCUCAGCUUGCUGAUGGCUUUGUACACACUCUGGGAGUCCUGGACAACAUUCUCCAUCCUGCACGAGUUUUCUAUUGCAAAAGAAAACUACAACAAGGCACUGGAGCAAGUCGUCGCCACGCUCUCAGACGUUGAGGAGAGACUUGUAGGGCUUAUCAAUGACUUUCAUCAGGGUCUCCCUGUGAAGACUGACGCUGUGCGCGUGCUCCUGGUUCACAUGCAGAGAGGAACUAUGGAACUGGACAAAGCCAGGUCUCUUCUUCAGGCGGACAAGAACAACGUCACUGCCAGGCGUUCGGAGCAUCUUGCGGGAUCUUUCGCCAGCGUGAUCAACUCAUACAGAUCCAUCUCUGAGUACCUCCUCGCAGCUUCAGCGGGAGUCAACCCCUUCUACCAAACCCUGGCGGCGGUGUCUGCGUCCGUGGGUGGUAUAUCGGCACUCGUACACGGUACCAUGGCAUACAAGUGUCACAAGGCCAUUGCUGAGGCAGACGCACUUCUGACUGACAUCAAGACCUAUGAAACCAAGUUGGAGAACACAGUGAAGAAAACCGAAGAGUUUCUGCGUCAUCUUCACGAAAAAGUGAACAGCAAGAGCGCCACCGAGAGUGUAGCGGAGGAACAACAGAUGACUGUCAACACUAUGCUGGGCGUAGUGGCCGUCACUGUGGUCAUACUUGCGGUACUGUGGGAGUACUUCACAUACCGCUGAUGGUCACGAGAUAGCCUGUGAGAGUAGUACUGUGAGCUUUGUUUGUUUGAUUGUGGUAGUAGUAGUAGAAUGGUUUAUUUCAAUUCACUGAAAAAGUACAGCCCAGUUGCAGCCCGAAGGCCGAAUUGUCAGGCUUGUUUACAAACUUACUAAGUUAAAUAAUGGCACCGUUUAAUCAUUUUAUGACCUCAUUUUGCGCUUAUACACAUCCUUAUUUGGUCUUCCUGAGUUUUUAGUCAACAUAUGAGUCACCAUGUGACCAAUGCAAGGUGGUCUAAAUUUAGACGGCUGUCAUCG